AUGGAUGAUAAAUCCUAUUCAACCUUUGCCAAGAGAAAAAAAAAAAGGGUGAAUGGAAAAAUAAAUAAAGAGAAAUUUAAAAAGAAUAUUAUAAAGAAUGAUAAGUAUGUAAAAUCAUCAACAUUAAAUAAAAAUAUUAAUAAGAAAACUUUUUUACAUACUUUAUUUAAAAGUUUUAUUAAACCAUAUAAUGAGAAGAAUACAGCAUUUUACUCUAUUUUAUGUAUUAUAAAUAAUAUUUAUAAAUGUACUUAUUUUAAUGAACAUCGGUGUUUUAUUUGUAAAUCUUUAUAUGAAGACACAUCGAAGCAGUUAGAAGAAAAAAAAAAUAUUUAUUAUUAUUAUAGUAGUGAUGGGGAUGAUAAUAAUUUCCCUUACAAUAUAUAUUAUAAUAUAAAAAAAAUAAAUUUAAAUGAAUCCAAUAAAACUUCUAAAAAUAGUUCAAAUAGCAAUAAAAUUAUUGUAACAACAAAUAAAAAUAAUGCAAAGACAUUGAACAGUUGCUUAUUAAAUGAAUGUCCUCAUUUUAAUGACUCCAGUAAUUUGGAAUACCGGGAUGAAGAGAGAAAGAAAUAUGAUGGCAUCACAGAAGAUCAGAAUGAAACAAAAGAAAAUAAGGAAAAUAAAGAAAGUAAAGAAAAUAUAAAAAACAUGACAAAUGUGGAAAAUUGUAAUAAGGUUAAAAUGAAUGUAACUUUGAGACAUAUUAGUAAUAAUAAUAAUAAUAAAAGCAACAAUAUAAAUAAUAAUAAUAAUAAUAAUAAUAAUAAUAAUUAUUAUUAUUAUAGUGAGAACCAACUAUGUGCCUGCCCUGUUCAAAAUUUUGUUAAUGUAAAAUUAAAUUUUUGUAAUUCAAAUCAAUAUCAUUUCUUAUCACAUGAAAAAAGCAACUUUGUAGAUAUAUAUAAUUUUAAAGUAUUUGAUAAAAUAAAUAUGUAUGAUAAGAUAUUAUUAGAUCUUAAUCAAAAUGAGAUUCAUCCGAAUAUAUUAAGGACAGGAAUAUUUUUUAAUAAAUGUUCAAUUACUACACAUAAUCAUAGGAAUGUGGAUUUGCUUAUUGCUUUAAAAUCAUUUAUUAAAGAUUAUACAUUACCCCCAUAUGAGCCUAUAAAUAAACAUAUGAAAGUUGUUAUAGAUAAAGAAAUAAAUUAUAUUAUUAUGUGUAAAAAACAUAGUGUUAGUAUGGGAGAAGUUAUAAGAUGGUUUAAAAAUAUGAUAUCUGAACAUAUAGGGAAAAAUGUUCUAGAAGAGACUAAAGAAAUUAUAACAAACAAUAUUAACAAUUAUAUUCGAACAAAAAUAGUCAUACCUUCUAUAAACAUAUCUAAUUAUGUAUCAAAUCACAUUAUAGAAAACCAUGAUGUUAUUUUAAUAUAUACAUUUGAUUAUGAUAUAUAUCUUUCAAUUAUAAAAGCAAAAAGAAAUGGCAAAAAAUUUGAAAUAAUUUUAGUUGAUUCAGAACCAUAUAAAAAUUCGUAUAAUAUAAAAUUAUAUACCAAAUUAGGAAUAUCCGUUACGUAUACUUUAAUUGGUGGUUUAUUUUAUAAUAUUAGAAGAUGUACAAAAGUGCUAUUAGGUAUUGAUGCAAUUAUACAUAAUAGUGUUUAUGGGCAUGUAGGUACUAGUAUCAUUUGUAUGAUUUCUAAUUUAAAUAAUGUUGAUGUAUAUAUUGUUUGUGAAACUUAUAAAAUAAGUAAUAAAAUACUUAUUGAUAGUUUCAGUAUGAAUAAUAUAAAUAAUAAUUUAGAUAUAUAUGAUUAUAUGUAUAUGCAUCAUUAUCAUCAUCAUUCGAAUCCUCAUAAAUGUGAUCAAAAGUGUAAUAAAAAUGUAGAGGGAGGUACCCACUUUAAUAAAAAAUUAAAUAACUUUAUACAUUCUUUUUCUGAUAUAAAGAAAAAGAAUAUAUUAUUUAAUAAUAUAAAUACAAAAUAUAAAAAACCGACCGUUAGAUAUGUUUCGACCUCCGUAUUUCCUUUUGCACUGAAUGAAAAGGCAGUAAAUAAAAAGAAAAAAAAUAAUAAAGAAGAAUGGGAACAGGAUGAAGUCAAGGCAGUAAUUGAGGGAAGGACAAUGGAAGACAUUCAAAAUGUGAAAUAUGUAGAAAAUGAAGACGUCAAAAAAAUCAAAGACACAAAAGAACGCAGAGGAGAACAACUUGAGGACGAAUUAAAAAGUUCAAACAAAACUUUAUUUAACAAAUCUAAGGCUUCGUUAGAAGACCAAAAAAGAGAAAAUCUAAAAGAAACAGAACCACAAAAAUUAUAUAUUCAAUACUCAAAUGAGCGUAUUACCAAUGAAAUGAAAAUGAAAUAUGAAACUAAGAUAGAACAUUGUAAUAAUUACAAAUCAUCUUCUUAUACACGUCAUAUCGAAACAACAAAAUUCCAUGAAUCUACAGAUACAUUAGUAAAAUGUCAAAAUAUUACUAAUAAUAACGAAUCAAAUAUAACUUGCUGUACAAAAAAUUUUAAAGAAGAAAAAACAAAUAUAACGGAUGUACGAGAAAAAUGUAUUCAUCAAAUGAAUAACAUAAAUGAUAUAGAAAUGGAAAAAAAAAAUUCGAAAACAAAAGAAGAAAAAAUCUCCUUAAAUUAUGUUAAAGAAAUUAACACUGUUAGUAGUAAUAGUACAUUUACUACUGGAUCAACAACAAGUAUCUUAAAACAACAAACAUAUUUAUCUCAUGAAAUAAAAAAUGAAAAAACUAUGGUAAAGAUAAAUUAUAAAAAUGUAUCUCAAACUAUAUCAUCUGAUAAUAAUAAUAAUAAUAAUAGUAAAGUGAUUAAUAAAAAAAAUAAGGUAUUUUUUAAUUUAAAGAAUGGUAAAAAUAAUUUUGAAAAAAGUACCUAUUCCUUAAAUUUUAAAAAUCAUUUUGAUAUUAAAUCAAGUAAUAUAAAUACAUCAACAGAUCAAAAUAUUGAUGAAAGUGAUAAGGAUCAAAUAUGUUGUAAUGAUAUUUGCCAUUCAAUAUGUAAAUCUAUUGGAAAUGUGAAUAUAAAAAAUGUUUGUACUGAUAAACAUAACGACACUAAUUUAUUUACAUCUGUAUUCUCACAUAUAAAUAAAAUUAAUUCAAAUAAUGAUAAAUCUUUUUAUGUAGCAAAUAUAUGUAAUGAUGUUACCCCUCUCAAAUAUAUUAAUUAUAUUGUGACCGAAGUAGGUCUCUAUACAAGUUCAAAUAAAAAUGCUUUAAAUGCUUUUAUUCAUAAUAAUAUAUAA